AUGGUCAACUCCAAAAUCUUCUUUUCUGUUUUUUCUGCACUUGUAAUUUCUGUCAGUGCCUAUCCUAUUGUUGCCCUUGAUGGAACCCUGGCUGCUCGCAAUGCAAUCCCUGAUAACAAAGACCUUCUUAAGAGUGUGUCAGAUACUCUUAAGAAACUGGACCCUGACCAUGACUUUGACUUGGAAAAAAUUGUUAGUGAUGUUAAAAGCCACUUAGCCGCUAGAAGUGCAAUUCCUGAUAACAAAGAUCUUUUAAAGAAUGUGUCUGAUACUCUUAAAAAACUUGACCCUGAUCAUGAUUUCGAUCUUGAAAAGAUUGUCAACAAUGUCAAGAGUCAUUUGGCUGUUCGAAGCGCCAUUCCUGAUAACAAGGACCUUUUAAAGAGUGUAUCUGAUACUCUUAAGAAACUUGACCCUGAUCAUGAUUUUGAUCUUGAAAAAAUUGUUAACAAUGUCAAGAGCCAUCUUCUUCUUUAA